CCCUUUCCCCUUCCACCAUGCCAAAACACCUCUCUUUCUUACACUCACUCCACUAAUCAUAAAGAAGAAUUCUUUCUUUCUAAACAAAUCUCUCACAAUUAAAGAUCUACUAGUUCAAUUUAGCUUACAUCAAUACUCAACCAAGCUUAAAAAAUGGAGCAAAACCUACCAAUAAUAACAAAAAAGUUAUACAAUAUGGUGAAACUAGCCUUCUUCAUGCUAAGAAAAGGAAUAUGCAAGAAGAAAAUACUAUUGAGCCUCAACUUGAAGAUGGCAAGAAGAAAGAUCACCUUCACUACUAGCAAAGUCGCCACCGCCUCGAAAGGUGGCGCCACUAGGCCUUCCAACGUCCACUAUUCUCCAACCAAUACACCCCAAGAGUACUAUUUUAGCUGUAACAGCACACCCUUGUACCAUCAAAAUUUCACCAACAAGAAAAAUAACAAGUUUAUAGAUACUAGUAGUUAUGAAGCAGUGAACAAGGUUAUAGAAACCAUGUUAUCUACUAAAGAAGGCGGUGUUCGACAACUGAGGAUAACAGAUUCACCAUAUCCUUUGCAAAAUGAGGAGGUUUGUGAUCAUCAUGUGGAUCAGGCUGCUGAAGAUUUCAUUAAGAAGUUCUACUCCAAGCUUGAAGAGCAAGACUGCUAGAAUAGCUGAUCAAUAUAUAUCUAGGUAUAAUAUGAUAUAAUAGAGAAAACUGUGAUGCUGAAUUAUUAUAUAUGCGUCCGUUUUUGAAAUAUAUAUGUUGGUUUCUGUUUGUAACAAUAUGUUAGAACUUUGUAUUAUAAGUUUAAGGAUAUAGAAACUACUUUUGCUUUUGGUUAA